GUUGAUUUCCAAACCAAAACGCAACCACCAUUAACCCUGGCUCUCUUUUCCCCAACAGGGCGCCGUCGCGGCGGCAGCAAAAAGGGCGGCGGCCUACUCAUGAUGGGGCUGCUGUGGAAGGGCUGGAUGACGAUGAUGGCGUACAAGGGCGUGGCGGUGCUGGCGGGCAAGGCGCUCAUGACGGCCACCAUCGCGCUGGUGCUGGCGGGCAUCCUGGCGCUGAGCAAGCUGGCGCACGGCGGCCACGACAAGGGCCACACCACGGUGGAGAUCGUGCGCCACCCGCACGUGACGCACUCGUAUUCGCACUCGGCUUCGCACGACCACGUGGACGACGGCCACGGCCACGGGUGGGGCCGCGCGCUCGAGGAGGAGCAGAGGCGCCGGCGGGAGAGGGGGCAGCGACAGGAGACCUCCGCCACGGGAGCUUCAGCCUCAGGCAGCGCCCAGCCCGUUGACGCCCAGCAGAUGGCGUACCGCGCGCACUACCAGCGCCAGAUGCAACAGCAACAACAGCAACAGCAACAGCAGCAGCAACAGAUGCAGGUUCAAUACCAGUCGCAACAAGUGCAGUCGCCACAAGGUGAAGCCAUGACUGUCCCACUUUAAACUCGGACCAAAGUCACACGCAGUUGACGUAUCGCGAUCAAGAAAGUCUCGCAAUCUCCUGGAUGCGGAAAAGACUUCGAUCUGACCUUCGCCAACCACAUGACCCGACUUCGACGACGCUGACUGUGUGUUGGCAACACUGCUCUCGACAAUGAGAAGACGAAAAAGACUGAAUGACAAUGACAGCUGAUGGUGUACUAAAUAGAGACAUUUACAUAGUUUUGUAGAGUGAUGAUGAUAACAAUACUAGAUACUAGACAGAAGACAGAUAUACCAGUUCCGGCCUGAAGACUACAUGGACUAGAAAUUCAGACUUUUUAUUAACUAUUUAUAUACGUGUGACAGAUUUCAGUCCAGAAAUUACGACACAUUAAGAUGACUGCAAUGCUAACGGACAGAAAUGGCGGACGUAUACGAGGACUUGUGAUACAAAGUCAGUUCACAUAGUUCGCAAACAGACGUGAAAAUUACCUGGCAAUUCGUUACUUUGCUAGCGCGAAUCUCUAUAUUUACAAUGUUGUACUAUUACGAAGACUUCAAUGACUUGUUUGUUAUAAAUAUUGACGAAAUGGACAAUUCUUUGCGACGGACAAGAACUGAGAGACAGUAAGAUAUGAAGACGAACUAUUGUACAAAUACGGGUUUCUGGUACUUACUAUGCAAGUACCCAACUUAGAGCUAACAUGAUACGAGACUUCCGUUGACGAUAUUGGGACUUGAUUGACAUGUAAUUUAAUAAUUUAUGAAUAAUUUAUAUUAUUUAUUUUCUCCCUCGAAAUUGUUCUUGCAGCAUACUUGCUAAUAUUG